AAUUAUUCUCUGGUAAUGCUUCUGUGACUUUAUACUUGUUUAGUCAACUUCGAACGCUAAUGCACGAUUUUAAAUUUACCGCGUGUUAACGCUCACGUCGAUCGUGAGAUUCGCGAGGUUCUGCUAUCAUUGCAGAAAUUGCUAUCUCGAUUCUCGCACGAACUUUGAUAUAGGCAGCUGUGUUUGUAUAACAGGUGUAUUAGUGUGUGUGUAGUAUAGAGACUAUAGAGUAGAGGCUGAUCGCUGUCGUGGGCUGCUACUGGCGCAGUCACCGCUACACUGGGCAGGCGAUACACAUAUAGUCACACGCUGCUUUACGUGUUUUACAGACGGGUACAGUGCAGUCAGCAGUGCAGCACUACGACGUCUGAACAGCAAACACUCAUACGGGUACACAAUCCGCCUCUCAAGUUUUGCAGCCAUCCUGCCUUCGUAAAUAAGAACGACGGGCCCCGUAUGGUGCAUAUACAUUGAACGUGCUCGACGAGGUACUGCGUGUUAUUGUUCAUGGGCAUGAAAAUAGCAAGUACACUCUGAUUGCGAUUCCGAGACGGCGGGAUACAGCGAUUUUCGUGUAAUACCGCGUAUUUUUGGCGAUGAAAAUGACGCAAUUAUUGCCUUACCUUGACGAUAAUAAUACCCUACCUGCACUGCUUGUGCGGCAUUGUUGCUUAUGCUGCUAUUGUUGUUCGUGCAUUAUGAGUAUAAACAAUCAAUGAUGGAAAAUAAUGCCUUUGGACGACAGAAAAAAGACUGUUGACAGUGAUUGAGUGCUCCGAUUAUGAUUAAAAUUUUUAGUUUUAAGUGACGUUUGACUUUUCGUGCAAACUAACUUCGACGAUUUUUUAAAUUAUGUAUCGUGCAAGAACAAGAAAAAUGAAUAAACUCUUCUACCAGACGUUGCUCUCGUUCGUCUGUUGUGCCUUGGGCCAGCAAACAACACAGAAUUCGAGUCCUACUGGGCUAAUGCCAGAUCAAGAUGAUGCAUUGUUGAUGUUCUCAACCCUUGAUGGAUCACUUAUCGCUAUUGAACAAAAAACUGGAGAUAUUAGAUGGCAACAAUAUCAUGAACCAGCAGUCAAAGUCCCGACUGACAGCUUACAUGAAACUAUGCCUUACUUUUUACCUGACCCUAAAGAUGGAUCUCUUUAUUUAUACGGACCUGAAACAGAAGUACUGAAAAAAUUACCUUUUACCAUACCACAGCUGGUAGCUAGCAGUCCAUGCCGUAGCAGUGAUGGUAUUUUAUAUACAGGACGUAAAAUUGAUACUUGGUUCAGCGUUGAUUCACAAACGGGAGAGAGGGAGCAGCUUCUUGGAUUUUCUAAAGCAACAAAUACUUGUCCUGUUGAUACCAAAAAUGCUAUAUUUGUUGGCCGUACAGAGUACAAUAUAAUGAUGAUUGACAGCAAGCAUAAAGAUAGAAAAUGGAAUGUAACAUUUUAUGAUUACUCAGCUGGUAAAAUGGACCCAAAGCUAGUUGAAAAUUAUGAUUUUGCUCAUUUUACGUCAAGUUCAAUGGGACAAGUUAUUACUCUUGAUAGAUUCGGCAAUAUUUUAUGGAAUAUUGAUUUGGGAAGCCCAGUAAUUGCUGCUUACACUAUUAGCAAAGAUGGUUUAAUAACUAUUCCUUUCUCCAGUGUAUCCGAUAAUACUUUAAAUUUAUUGAUGAAAAAAAUAUCAGUAAAUCCAAAAGACUUUGAACUUUAUCCAACACUUUACAUUGGUGAGCACAGACAUGGUUUAUAUGCAUUGCCAUCAUUAUCUGACACAUCUACACCUACAAUAAGUAGUAAGUCAGGUCAGCUGUUAUUAGAAGGCCCACUAUCUUCACAUUUUCAGAAAAAUGACUCUGAAAAUAAAGAGAAAAAUAGUAAUGAAGAAUCAGCAGGUUCAAAUGUUCUAAUAGACAUAAUUCCUAUAGGUCAUUAUGAAGUUCCUCCGGAAUAUCAGCCACAUAAUCAGCCUUUACAAAUAACUGGUCGCUCUGAUCCAAUAAUCUACAACAAUAACAACAAUAUCAUUAAUGCAUCAAAAAUAGAUGAUUUGUCAAGCGAUGAUGACAAAAGAUUGAAUGAAACAUUACAAAGUAAAGAAUGGCUAAAAGCCUUUUCAGUAUCCUAUGCAGGAGCCAAGAAAUGGCUUAAUCAACAAGAAAAUAAGGGCUUUAAAAUUACUUUUAUUAUCUUGUUUGGAUGUGUUUUCAUGAUGUUUUGGUAUAUGAAUGCUCAGUUCAGGGAAAUACAACAUUUAUCACAAAAUUCGCGUGAAAAUAGUCGCACUGAUAGUAAUAGUAAUAACGGCUCUUUCUAUGCACCGGAGGAAAUCGGCGAAGGUCUAGUCCGCGUAGGUAAAAUUACAAUCAAUGCAUCUGGAUUACUUGGAAAAGGUUGUGAUGGUACAUUUGUGUACAAGGGUGAAUUCGACGGUCGGCCAGUAGCAGUGAAACGACUACUACCCGAAUGUUUUACAUUCGCUGAUAGAGAAGUUGCCCUUUUGCGUGAAUCCGAUGCACAUGCUAACGUUGUUCGUUACUUUUGCACAGAGCAAGAUAAAUUAUUUAGAUAUAUUGCUCUAGAAUUGGCGGAGGCCACUCUUCAAGAUUAUGUUCUUGGCACUUAUGACCGCAGCAAAAUCUCGGCAAAAGACAUUCUCAAGCAGGCUACCAAGGGUCUGGCUCAUUUGCAUUCUUUGGACAUCGUUCAUCGUGAUAUUAAACCCCACAACGUACUACUAUCUAUGCCCGGUCCUCGUGGAGAUGUACGGGCAAUGAUAUCAGACUUUGGACUCUGCAAGAAACUCCAAACUGGUAGAGUGUCAUUUUCAAGAAGAUCGGGAGUUACUGGUACCGAAGGUUGGAUAGCACCGGAAAUGCUUAAUGGAGCGCGUACGACAACUGCCGUCGACGUUUUUUCGCUCGGAUGCGUAUUUUACUUCGUAUUGUCAGAAGGAAAACAUCCAUUUGGCGAUUCUGUAAGGAGACAGGCAAAUAUUUUAGGUCAUGAAAUGGACUUGUCGGAAUUGAAAAACAUACCAGAGUAUGACAAAAAUAUGGGUUUGCUAUUGAUCAAAGCCAUGAUAGAUGAUGAUCCGGUUGAUAGGCCACCAGCUCGAGCUAUAGAAGAUCAUCCCAUUUUUUGGGAUGCAGCUCAAAUUCUUACAUUCUUUCAGGAUGUAAGUGAUCGAGUUGAAAAAGAUGUCUCAGAAAGUCCGGCACUGCAAGCACUGGAACGAGGUUAUCGUCGAGUUGUCCAAGGGGACUGGAGGGUACACAUUGACCCGGAAGUAGCCUCUGAUUUACGUAAAUAUCGCAGUUAUCAAGGAGAAAGUGUACGAGAUUUGCUUCGAGCUCUUCGGAAUAAGAAACAUCAUUACCGUGAAUUGACAGAAGAAGCACAGCAGAGUCUUGGCGAGAUUCCUACAAAAUUUACCGAUUAUUGGCUUAGUCGCUUCCCACAUCUACUGACUCAUACCUGGUGUGCGAUGCAACCAUUCCGUCGUGAACCUAUGUUCCGAAAUUAUUAUCAUGAGCUCUAUGCAUUUAGAACUGAUGAUCAGUAUGAAGAAGAUCCUGCAGAAACCGAAAGAUUGGCUUUGGUACUCAAACUUAAUGAAGAAAGGAUUAAUACUGCGAAUGCUGUGAAUUCAAGAACAGUUCACAAAGAUGAAAAUGGCAAAAUCGAUUGGAGCCCCAGUAGAGUAAGAAAUAGAAAUAGAAAGAAGAAAGAGGAGCAUAGAAAAAAAUGGUUUGAUAAAAUCGAAGCGAAAAAAUUGGAGAAAGAAAGAUUAAGAACAUUGAAAAAAUUAGAAGGUGCAAAUUCAGAUUUGGUGGAAAUGGAUACUGAAAAUUCGGAGGCAGUGGAAGUGAAGGCCGAAAAUUCGGAGGUAGUGGAAGUGAAGGCCGAAAAUUCGGAGGUAGUGGAAGUGAAAGCCGAAAAUUCAGAGACUAGUAAUGGAGUUACAGAACACCCCGAUUGUGACUUAAUUCCUGAAAAUAGUUAGUAAGUAUUUUGUGACUUUUGAAAAGUGUUCUUUAUUACUUUUCCGAAUGUGUGUCGAAAAUAUUAACAGUGAUUGCAUGUAUAUAAGACUUUGUAUGUAAGCGCGCCAAAUUUUAUAAAAUGUAAAUUUAUUGAUUUACUAGUUAUCUAAAAUGAUACAUUGACUGAGUUUUAAUCACCAAUGGUUUUUUUCGCCAAUUAUGUUUAAAGUUGGGACCAUUUUGUCAUUUCGGAUGCACCAUUUUAAUGUAUUUACUAUUGAUAGACUUAAAAAUUGCAGACUGUUGCAUUAUGUGUAGAUAACUUAUUUUUACUUUUUACGUUUGAAAUAAGUAUUUAUUACUUUUUUUAUAUUAAGAAAAAAUGUUCUUAAACUAUCAUCAAGUUUGAUCAUUGCUACCUAAGGGUUUAAUAUUUGAUUAUUGCAAGAAUUAUCAAGUUUUUCGCUGAUGUAUAGAUUUAUAUAUGACGGUAGAAAUAUUACCGUAAAUCGAAUAUAUAAAUUAACCGUUCAAAAUUGUUUUUGCAGAGUGAUAAUUAUAUGCUAUAAUUUACGUGGAAAAUCCAGUUAAGAGUUUCUAUAAUCUCUAUUUUCACUGAAAUUUGAAUGUGGUGCUGAAUCAAUUGUUUUAAAAAAUAACCACUUUUGGUUAUAUAAAUAAAUAUAUAAAUAAGUAAUUAUAAUUGUGAUACUUACGUGUAAGUUUGUACUAGCAACAUUUAUAAUUAUUACAUCACAUCUAAAAAAUUUUUUAAAUAUUAUUAUGCAGUACAGAAUAUUUUAAUGAUUUACGUUUCCGUUUUUCAUGUCAUUACUAGACACAACAUCAAAAAUAUUAAUAUUUUGUGCAUAGGAAUGUUGUAAAUAUACUGUGUAAGAAGAAUUGCACAAAUUCUUUAAAUACAUAAAGCCUAAAAGAUAGAAUGCACUAUUGUAAAUAGAAAACACGAAGAUAUA